AUGGCCCCCAAGAUGCAAUAUGUGCGCCUCGGAAAAUCCGGGCUCAAAGUGUCCAGGAUCAUCUUGGGCUGCAUGUCCUACGGCACACCAGACUGGCAAGACUGGGUGCUCUCCGAAGAGGAGGCCGUGAAGCACAUUAAGUUCGCGUAUGAUCUAGGCAUACAAACUUUUGACACCGCCGACUGCUACUCCAAUGGACUGUCGGAGAUCAUCUUGGGCAAGGCAAUCAGGCAGCUUCAACUCCCUCGAGAUGAGAUAGUGAUAAUGACCAAGCUGUAUUUCCCCAUUCCUCCUGAGUUCGGGGCGAACAUCUUCCAGCCUGGCCUGACCGGCGCCGACUUUGGCAUUAUAAAUCAACGAGGACUCAAUCGUAAGCAUAUAUUCGACUCCGUCAAGGCUAGCCUAGAGCGCCUGCGGGUGGACCACAUCGAUCUCCUCCAAUGCCACCGCUUUGAUACUGAAACUCCCAUCGAGGAGACGAUGCAAGCGUUGCAUGACGUCGUGAAAGCCGGGUAUGUGCGCUACAUUGGCAUGAGUUCUUGCUGGGCCUACCAAUUUCACGCGAUGCAAAACUAUGCCAUCACGCACAACCUCACACCCUUCAUCUCGAUGCAAAACCACUACAGCUUGAUGUAUCGCGAAGAGGAGCGCGAGAUGUUCCCCACGCUCAAGAUGUUCGGUGUAGGCUCAAUCCCCUGGUCUCCCCUCGGCCGCGGCCUCCUGACCCGUCCCUUCAAAGCCGAAAGCCUCCGCAGCAAAACCGACUAUUCGCAGAAGUUCUGGGACGCGCCCUUCCUGCCCGACUUGCUCGCCCGCGUCGAGGAGCUCGCCGCAAAGAAAGGUGCGAGCAUGGCGCAGAUCUCCACCGCCUGGGUGCUCGCCCGGCCGGGCGUCACCGCGCCCAUCAUCGGGACGACGAGCCUGAAGAACUUGGAGGACAUCGUCGGCGCGCUGGAUGUCUCGCUCACGGACGAGGAGAUGCGGUACCUCGAGGAACCGUACAGGCCCACGGGGAUCAUCGGCCACCCUGAAUGA